CUAAAAGUGAGACAGACAACACACCGCUCUGAGAAAAUAUGAGAAUGUGUGUGCCACAAAGAUACUAUAUAGUAGAUACUGCAGCUGUUAUGCUCCUCUUCCUGAAAUCAAACUGCUUACAGUGUCUCUAAUGUCACAGUACAUCCUGGAUCCUCUCGGGACCCUCAGUGAAAGGCACACCCCCAGUGCGUGGGGCUGUCAUGGGAGAGGAAUUGGACCCUGAAAGCCAUGCUCAGGAGUUAUUUGAUCACUUUGUAUCAGCACCCACCUGCAGAGCCACUCUGUGCUCAUUCAGCAGACUCUGUGAGCAUCUACAGCUGGACCUGCAGGCGGCCCCACGACCACUGUACCACACAAUCAAACAGCGACUCAGCUACUGGAGAGCCAAUGGCCUCUGGUCUAAACUGGACCGCAGGGCUGCUCUUAGUGAAUACCAGAGGGGCAGAGUCUGCAGCAAUCUCACUUGCGUGGUCAUUGGGGCAGGCCCUUGUGGUCUGAGGACUGCUGUGGAGCUGAGCUUUAUGGGAGCACGAGUAGUGGUGUUGGAAAAAAGGGAUUCGUUUUCUAGGAACAAUGUGCUUCACCUGUGGCCGUUUACUAUUCAUGAUCUCCGAGGACUUGGGGCAAAGAAGUUUUAUGGAAAGUUUUGUGCUGGCUCCAUUGAUCACAUCAGUAUUCGCCAACUACAACUCAUCCUCCUGAAGGUGGCUCUGCUACUGGGAGUGGAGGUCCAUGUCAGUGUGGAGUUUAAAAGCUUGAUUGAACCCCCCACAAAUCAACAAAAACAAAAGGUAGGCUGGAGGCUAGAGAUCCAUCCCAAAUCUCAUCCUGUCAGUCAACUUGAGUUUGAUGUUGUUGUUGGAGCAGAUGGACGAAGAAACACUUUGCCAGGUUUUAAACGUAAAGAGUUCAGAGGAAAACUUGCAAUUGCCAUCACUGCCAACUUUAAAAAUAGACACACUACUGCUGAAGCUAAGGUGGAGGAGAUUAGUGGUGUGGCCUUUAUUUUCAACCAGCGUUUCUUUCAGGAAUUGCGGGAAGAAACGGGCAUUGACCUGGAGAAUAUUGUUUAUUACAAAGAUGACACACACUACUUUGUAAUGACAGCUAAAAAACAGAGUCUCAUGGAGAAACAUGUCAUUCUGCAGGACUUCGUGGAUACAGAGCUCCUUCUCUCCCCUGACAACGUGGACCAGAAUGCUUUGCAGGCAUAUGCCCGUGAAGCCGCCAAUUUCUCCACCCAUCAUCAGCUGCCGUCUCUUGACUUUGCCAUGAACCACUAUGGCCAGCCGGAUGUUGCCAUGUUUGACUUUACUUGUAUGUACGCCGCCGAACACGCCGCCAUGUUUUAUCAGCACCACAAUCACCAACUAUUGGUCACUUUGGUGGGGGACAGCUUACUAGAGCCUUUUUGGCCCAUGGGUACAGGUAUAGCUCGUGGUUUUCUUGCAGCCCUAGACUCAGCAUGGAUGAUCUACAGUUGGGCAAAAGGGGGUGCUCCUUUGGAUGUCCUUGCCAUAAGGGAAAGUUUAUACCGUAUCCUGCCUCAAACGACUCCAGAAAACAUGCAGAAAAACUUCAGUCUCUACACAUUGGACCCAGCCACACGAUACACUAACGUCAACACACUUCACAUCACUCCUGCACAGGUAAGACAUUUGGUUAACACUGGACACAAGAAAGAGGACAGCGCACAUGCUUGUGACAUUGUCAGACCUACGUCUCUGCAAUCUGGCAGACAGGGAUCUGUCUCUCACUCCAAUAAGCUGCUCACGUGGUGCCAGGAGCGGACUCAGGGUUACCGUGGUGUUACAAUUCAUGACCUCACCACGUCCUGGAAGAAUGGCCUUGCAUUGUGUGCCCUUAUUCACAGCUACUGUCCUGAACUAAUAAAUUAUCAGUCGUUAGAUAUAUCUGAAGAGGAAGAAAAUAUACAACUUGCUUUUGAUGUGGCUGAGCGAGUGUUGGGCAUCUCACCUCUGAUGACUGUAGACGAGAUGUUGUCUGUCGGAGAGCCAGACUCUCUAUCCAUGGUGAUGUAUUUGAGUCAGUUCUAUCAGCUGCUAAGUAACACGCCUCCUACAGGUUCUCUGUCUCAGUUUACAGAAUUGCGUGGAGCUCUCAUUACCCCAGUCUCCCUCUUGAGUAGACUUGGAUACAGUUCAUCCAGAAAAAGAACCCCAGCUGAGAAAAAAGAUGAUCUUACUAAAAGAAGAAAAGAAAGUCAUCCAAAAAAAGAAGAAUCAGUUAUUGAGGAAGGCAUUAUGGAAGAAAAGCUUUUUUCUGACCCAAAUACCAGUGAUCAGCAGUGUGACCAGUAUAAGACCAAAGUGCGAUUUAUGGCCAGCAAACUUCAAGCAAAGCAUGAAUCCACCCCUGCCAAGAGAUCAACUACUGUGGGUGUACAGCAACAAGGUCCUGUUGUUGUCCAGCAGGGGGAGCUAUUGUCCCCUUCUGUUUCAGACAGUCGGCCCCCUCCUGAAGCCACUGCUCCGCUGCCUGCCUGGAGACUGAAAAAGCGAACGCAGCAACAAGAAAUGAUGAGUUUUCGUUUCAAAGAGAGAAUCCGGUCUCAGCAGACUGCAGGCUCAGCAGGCAGCAGUGAUACAUGUUUCUUCUGUAAGCAGCAUGUCUAUGUAAUGGAGCGUAUGAGCGCAGAGGGACUGUUCUUUCACCGCAGCUGUUUACUAUGUGAUUACUGUGGAUGCAGUCUGAGGAUCACCACCUAUACCUAUGACAGGCCCAGUGGGAGAUUUUUCUGUCCAGACCAUUUUGAUGUAGGCUCACAAGCCACAGCAGCAAGAAAGAGACAACUACCUUCAGACAGAGACAUCUCUCACCGCGCAUCUAUAGUUUCCCUGGUCCCACCUUUCACUGGUUCCUCAACUGACUCUUUAAUCUCUAUGGCAGCAGAGCGCCGUCGGUCGUCAGUGGCUUCUCUGAUGGAGGCAGCUCUCAACAAGAAGCAGACAGCCACGCCUGAGCGCAUCGAGCUGGAGAACUGCCGCCGCUGCUCUACAAAUGUUGACGCAAAGCUGUUGGAAGAAGUGGAGGAGCCACAGGAAGUGUCUGAGGAGAUGCUUAAUGAGUUUAACCUGAAAGUUGAGGAGCCUCACGCAAGCAAGAGCAGAGUGAAGUCACGGUCUAGUUCUGAUUCAGAAGAGGAGGCUGGAGUGAAGAGCCAGAGUCAUUUUAAAUCUUCAUGUAGAGAUGCCCUGGAGCUUCAGGCUUAUUUGAGAGACAAAUCAGAGGAGACAGAGUUCGACUGUGAUGAGGGAGACGAGGAGGAAGAGGGAGAGGUGGAUGAAGAUGAAAAUUAUGACAGCAUUGAAGUGGAGUCCACUGACGACUCUCAGAGCGACCCUUCGAUGGAAGAAGACAAACACAUGCCUAUUUCACUUUCUACUUCAGACUCCCAGAGUGAGGCAGCCCUGCACAGUAACACCCCAUCCACUGCCUGCUUUGUUGCCACUCCUGACUCCUCCUCAUAUUCCUUUCUUGAGUCCAAAGAAAGAGAAGCAAACAUAGACCACGUUAUAAAGUCAAACGUAAUGUCUCCAGUGAGCUCUCGUCCUGGACUUUCUAUAGAGACGGUGUCUAGUCUCUCAUCUUCGGGAGAGCUACAGAGUCAUGGCACCUUUGAAGACAUCAGCCCAGAAAUUCCUCAAAAAAUGCCAUUGCUUGAACAGGAGAAGUUAGAAUCAACUGAACAGAGGCAGAAGUCCCAGUUCGAAGCCCAGCACCUGCCCCCCAUGCAGGCUGUGGGUGAGUCAUUUCCGCUCCAUUUAAAAGGUUUGAGGGACACUCCUAUCCUGGGACAGUCUGAUGGGAGUGUAGCCCAAGUCUUUCUCAGGGCAACUAUAUCUGGAAAUGUGAAGAAGAAAAGCUUGAAGGGCAGACCUUCAUUUUGCAGAGGAGAAAGACAGCCAAAGAAUUCUGUCAAUCAGAAAAGAUUUACAGAUUAUAAGCAUGCCACAAUGACAGAGGAAUCAGAGCUGGAAACAUCCACUCUGCUUAAGAGGUGUUCAUUAACGCCAAGAAAGAACCUGCAGCUGGAGCUAUUUGAUCUUACAUCAGAAAUACAAAGAGUCACAUUGAAAGAGGAGAAGGGAAACAUGCAUCCUGCUUAUGUUCCUCAUGCUCUGGCUUUUAAGCGUUCAUAUGGCAUUAAGAAAACCCGUCGAAAGGACCAAACUUCUAUCCAAGACUCAGAUGGAGGAUCCUCUUGCCCAACAGAAGUGGUGGGAGUUAUUGUUCAGCCCCAAGAGCCAUCCAGCCUAAGUGUGAAGGAAGCUCUCUUUCAAAAGAAAAGUGAUCACGAGGAGGAAGAGCUGGAUGCCAAGAUUACUCGAAGGGUACAAAGAGUUGCUCGAAAACUAGCAAAACAGGAGCAACUCAAGAGACUUCACAAAGCUCAAGUAAUUCAGAGGCAGCUGCAGCAGGUGGAAGAGAAGCAGAGACUGCUGGAGGCUAGAGGAGUGGCAGUAGAGAAAGCUCUAAGAGGGGAAGCUGAUUACUGGGGAGAAUCUGGUGACAGUCAAGACUUUGAUCUUUACCUUGGUGGUUUAGGUAAAAUGGAAAAUCCAGCGCUCAUGCAGCAGUGGUUCCAGUUGGUUCAACAGAAAAAUGCUUUAGUUCGCUAUGAGUCUGAGUUGAUGAUAUUUGCCCGGGAGUUGGAGCUGGAGGAUCGCCAGAGUCGGCUACAACAAGAAUUAAGAGAAAGGAUGGCAGUAGAUGAUCACCUGAAGGGGGCGCCAGAGCUUGAAGAGGAGCGGUUGAUCUUAGAGGAGAUGCUGGAAGUGGUGGAGCAGAGAGACACACUUGUGUCUCUGCUGGAGGAGCAGCGGCUGCAGGAGAGUCUGGAGGAGCAGGAUCUGGAGGCACUGAUGCUCUCCAAAGGCCUGGGACUAAACUGGGACUAGCUGCAUUACAGGAACACAACAUUCAGUGUGCUAUACUAUAUGAACUUGCCUUUAUUGUUUACAUGCAUUUAUUACUUUUUGUUGGUUGUGUUGUCUAUAAAUUAUUUUUGGGUCAUGAACUGCAGGAGCACCGUGGCCUUUUCAAUGCUUCUGAACAUUUGAUUUUUAGUUAAGGGUGUUAUAUGUUCAAUAUAUUCAAAAAUAUUUGUCUAAUAACUGUGCCAACAAUUUAGGUGUAGAUUGUCAUCACUAAUCUAUGCCUUAUGUCAUCACACCUGACUCAAUGUAAAAUUAACUUAAGACAAGCUGGUAGAAAUGUUUGAAAGUAGGUUCCUGAUUUAUUAAAAUUGCCAACCCUGAGAUGAAAACAUGGUUGAGAAUCAAACAUUACAGAAAGAAUGUUUACAUUUAUAAAAUAUGUACGACUUGA